GGUUUGUGCUGUGGUUCUCUUUUUAGGGAAUCUCCUGCAAACCUUGCCAAGCUCCUGACCAGAAUGUGUCUAAAGUCAGAAGUCAUAGGUGAUGGCAAUCAGAUUGAGGUUGAAAUUCCUCCCACCAGAGCCGACGUUAUCCAUGCCUGUGACAUCGUGGAGGACGCAGCUAUUGCCUAUGGAUAUAACAACAUUCAGAUGACUCUGCCGAAAACAUACACCAUAGCUAAUCAAUUUCCUCUCAACAAGCUCACGGAGCUCCUCAGACUUGACAUGGCUGCUGCUGGCUUCACUGAAGCUCUUACUUUUGCCCUGGUAUGUUUUCAACUCACUUCUGUCUGGCUGAAGUUUCCUCAGCCUCCCUGAAUUGUAUAUUCUGUGAUU